CAGGAUUUCAAGCUAGAAACCGUUCCCAAGAACGAAUAUGGAUUAUUUCACAGUAAUGACAGCUACAUCGUCCUGAACUCAACUGACAGUGGGUGGGAUGUCCACUUUUGGCUUGGUGAGACUGCCUCCCAAGAUGAAGCUGGAACAGCUGCUAUAAAAACAGUGGAAAUCGAUCAAGCUCUCAAUGGUCUUCCUGUACAAUACAGGGAAGUGCAGAACCAUGAAUCGCCACUGUUCCUUUCAUAUUUUCCGAAUGGCAUCAGAUAUUUGGAAGGUGGAUACGAGUCAGGUUUUAAUCAUGUGGAGGAAGAGUUCAAGAACUGGGAACCGCGACUCUUUCAUUGUAAAGGAAAACGAAAUGUUCGUUGCCAUCAGGUGAGU